GGUAGCCUGUCCGUCACUAUGGCAUUCACUCUUAACCAUCCCCUCUCCGCCGAUUAUUCACAUUGGCUCCGUGGAGCCGUUACCAGCAAUGCUUCCCUCUGUCCACGUCGUUCCUUCCUCCUUACUUCGCUUCGCAUAUCUAGUCGGCGAUCACCACUUUUCAUUGGUAGAGCAAAGGCAAGAGGGGCCGAUGCUGACCAACAAUCGAAGAAAUCCAAGGAUUCGGUUCAAAGCACCAUCGAAGAAGAAGAGGAGGUCGAGGAGGAGCUCCCAUGGUUCCAGGAAAAAGCCUUGGACCUUGUUGAGUUCACCGGGACGGUGACCCAAGCCCUUCCCGGGCCGAGGGUUGGCCAGAGCACGCUACCGUGGAUCCUCGCCGUUCCAUUGGCGUACUUCGGGUUGUCGUUUGUUGUUGCCUUCUUCAAAACUGUGAAAAAGUUCACUUCUCCUCGUGCAAAGCGGAAGAAGCUGGUGAAUAAGAAUGCUUUUCUUCUGAAAUCAAUAGACGAACUAUUUGAGAAGGGUAGGGAACAAGUGAACCAUUCGGCUCUUAAGGGGCUUAUGCAGAAGACAGGCUUUAAAAUGGAUGAUAUUUUGAGGAAGUACAUCCGAUAUGUACUGAAUGAGAAGCACUUCAAUGCAGAUACUGUGGCUUCUUUAAUACAUCUGAGAAAAGCAUCAAUGCUGGAAGAUCUUCAAGUAGCUGAAGUUUUAAAUGAAACUUCAAGACGAAUUGUUAAAGAAAAAGGUCCUGUUGUCAUGGAUAUUUCAGGAUUCACAGAAAAGGGAUUCAAAAGAAAACUUGCUGUACAGGCCCUUUUUGGGAAGGUUUUCUAUCUAUCAGAGAUUCCAGAGUUCUGCUCAAGGGACAAUUCUCUAGUCAUUAAAGAAAUUUUUGGCGUGACGGAUGAGGAUGCCGACACUCUCCGUUUGCAUACUCUCUCUGAAUCAGGCGACGUUGAAACGCUUGAGAAGCUUGUCGAUGAUGCAGAUUCUGACGAACCUGAUGAUGAGUCUGUGAGUGUGAGUUAAUAUAUAAAUGGAUGUUUUACAUAUAUACCACUUUAUUCCCAUGUAUUUACAUAUCCAACAUCUGAACUUAAAUUAUUAU